AUGAAACGAACCUCUUCCGAAGACAACUCUCUCGAUACUUUUUCAUCAUCAAAAAAGCAAAAAUCCAAUCAAUUAUUGGAAAUGAAACCUCUAAAUAUUCUCGUUUGUCGGUAUGAUCCAUUUGUUUUGGGUCAUGUAUUCAAGUUUUGUUCGCCAAUGGAUUUGCCAUCACUUGCUGUGGUGUGUAAGGAUUGGCAUGAUUUGUACUUUUCCCGUGAGAAGAUCGUACUCAUUCUGAAGGAGUGGGUCGAUACUCAAUGGAAUAACAAGAUUUGUUCAGGAAAAUUGACAUGGACUUGGUCUGUGGAAUAUAACCCAGAGAAUGAAUAUCAUUCAUUGGCAUAUUGGUUAAGAUUGUUGAAUGUAUUGAAGGAAGUGAAUAUAAUGAUCACAGAUGAGCAAGGGAAAAAAGAUGAUAAUGAUGAAGAAGAAGAAAACGAAGAGGAACAUGAUGACGAAGAGGAAGAACAAGACGUAGAGGAAGAUGAAGAGGAAGAUGACCAAGAAGAUGAAGGAGAGGAUGAAGAAAAUGAUGAACAUGAUGAUACUGAGGAUUUAAAGAAGAUAUCACAUUCUGUAGAGUUUAUUGAGAUGGGCAAUACGAAACUGUGUAAAAUCACAACAUCCUCAAAUAGAUUUCUCCUAGUUUCGAAUAAUGGGAAUAUUAUCCGUUUCAAAAGGAAGAAGAAGGAAUUGUUAUGCUCUUUUUAUGGAGGUUUAUCAUAUCCAAGUUUUGAAAAUUGUAAUUAUAGAAGUGAUUAUUGGGUUUCCCUUGUUCCAGGUAAAAAGGGAAUUUUAGUUUUGCAAUUAAAACAAAUGGUGAAAUAUUUGGGAUUUGAUGAUGAAUAUUUAGUAGCAUGCAAUCUCAUUGACAUUAUUGGAUUGAAAAAAGCGAAGGUUUCUAAUUCAAAGUAUACAGAUUACCCUUGGGAUCAAGGAGAAGCUGACGGAAUAAUAGAAUUUGUGCCUUGGGAAAUUGUAACUGCGUGCACAACAAGUGAUUAUGACAUAUCGCAUAUUUGUGAAUGUUUGGAUGAUCGAUUUUUCAAUAGUUUCGACUUAUUCUGCAAGUUAAUAGAAGUCAGUACUACCAUGUACACUGAAUCCAUAAUCAAGAAUAUUUCUCUCAAAGUUGACAGUGAAUUUUUCAAGAAUAGAGGGUUGUUGAAAUAUUGUCGUCAGGAAAGAAAAUUAUUCAAGUUAUUGGAUGAGUCAUUGAGACAUGAUAAGGAAUUCCUUAAAGAGGCUCUAAGAGUCAACCCAUCCAUUCUCAAGUAUCUUUUUAAAAAGGAAUAUACGGAUAUCAUUGAAAUUGAUAGAGAGCUGAUUUUAGACUGCUUGAAUCGUUUAAGUGUAGCUCAGCAAUAA